GAGCUAGAAUUUUACAGGGAAUACAGGGUGUGCUCUGGAAGCCAAGCCUCCUAGAGAUUUGGUGGAGAAAGGGAAAGGGAAAAAGUCUAGAAAACAGUGGAGAGCCCAGACCCUGGAGGCAUAAAAUCCAGGGUGAGGCACUCAGUUUUUAUCUGGGGGAGUGGGUGAAACUGAGGGUUCUGAUUAGGAAGACGUGUGAGUGAGAGGCUUGAGGAAGACUCUAGAUGAGAAUACAUCCUGGGGACAGAACCCAGAUUGGCUUCAUCUAGAUAUGAAUGUAAACUGAAGGGACUGAUAUUUGAGAGCUACGUGAAAGAAGGUGAACCAGCUGAUUGAACCAUGGCGACAACUCCUGCUGCUGCCUUUGAGGCCCUCAUGGACGGAGUGACGAGCUGGGAUGUCCCCAAAGGCCCCAUCCCCAGUGAACUCCUUCUUAUUGGAGAGGCUGCCUUCCCGGUGAUGGUGAAUGACCAGGGCCAGGUCCUCAUUGCUGCUUCCUCCUACGGCCAAGGCCGCCUUGUGGUUGUGUCCCAUGAGGGCUACCUACUGGACGCUGGCUUGGCCCCAUUUCUUCUCAAUGCAGUGGGCUGGCUCUGUCCCUCUCCUGGGGCUCCCGUUGGAGUGCACCCAUCCCUGGCAUCACUAGCAAACAUCCUGCAGGGCUCUGGGGUUGAGGCACAGGUUCAACCAGAACCGAGAGAACCCCUGGGGGUUUACUGCAUCAAUGCGUACAAUGACUCCAUGACUGCAGAGCUGAUCCGGUUUGUGAAACGUGGAGGGGGCUUGCUCAUCGGGGGCCAAGCCUGGUAUUGGGCCAGUCAGCACGGUCAUGACAAGGUGCUGUCCAAGUUCCCAGGGAACCAGGUGACCAGUGUGGCUGGGGUGUACUUCACUGAUACGUGUGGGGACAUAAGCCGGUUCAAGGUGUCUAAGAAGGUGCCCAAGAUCCCUCUCCAGGUCAGGUGUGGGGAGGAUCUCAGACAGGAUCAGCAGCAGCUGCUGGAAGGGAUCUCAGAGCUGGACAUCAAGACGGGGGGAAUCCCCUCGCAGCUCCUGGUGCACGGGCCCCUGGCCUUCCCCCUGGGCCUAGAUGCCUCUCUCCGCUGCUUCCUGGCAGCUGCCUGCUACGGCAGGGGCCGGGUGGUCCUGGCUGCCCACGAGGGCAUGCUUUGUGCUCCCAAGAUGGGGCCCUUUUUGCUCAAUGCUGUGCGCUGGUUGGCCAGAGGCCAGACGGGCAAAGUUGGGGUGAACACACGUCUAGAAAACCUGUGUGCUCUGCUGUCAGAGCAUGGCCUGGAAUGCAGUCUGGAGCCCCACCUGACGGGUGACUUGCGUGUCUACUGUUGUGUGGCUUACUGUGACAAGGAGGCUAAGAGGCUGCAGGAGUUUGUGGCUGAGGGUGGGGGCUUGCUGAUUGGGGGCCAGGCCUGGUGGUGGUCCUCCCAGAACCCCGGCUGCUCCGCUUUGGGUAGUUUCCCUGGUAACAUCAUAGUCAACUGCUUUGGCCUCAGCAUCCUAGCUCGGACUCUGGACCCCGGCUGUUUCCCUGUCCCUACGCCCGAGAAGCGGAGCUACCACUUCCGCAAGGCACUGUCUGAAUUCCAGUCUAUCUUGAACCAUAGGGGUGGGAACUUGGAAAAGAGCUGGCUGGCAAAGCUGGGGGCAGAUGGGGCAGCCUUCCUACAGAUUCCCGCAGAGGGGGUCCCUGCUUAUGCUUCCUUGCACCGGCUCCUGAGGAAGAUGCUGCGUCUGUCGGGCCUGCCAGCUGUGAGCCGGGAAAACCCAAUUGCCAGUGACUCCUGUGAGGCUACAGUGCUCUGCCUGGCCACGGAGCUGGCACACUCCAGCACUGACUGCUCCGAGCUGGCACAGGGGCUUGGACCCUGGUCCUGCAGCUCCAAUAGGUACCCCUCAGAAGACGCCAUCACAGUGGAGAUUGAUGGAAGCAACCCAGGCAGCGGUGAUUCCUGGGUGAGUACAGGGCUUUACCUCCUAAAUGGACAAAAUGCAGAAGUCUCCUUGUCUGAAGCUGCAACCUCUGCUGGCUUGAAGAUACAGAUUGGCUGCCACACCGAUGACUUGACAAGUGCCAGCAAGCUGUCUCGAGCCCCAGUGGUGACUUACCAGUGCAGUAUGGACAGGACCAAACGGUCGGUCUCCUGCCUCUGGGGUGGCCUUCUCUAUGUCAUCGUGCCCAAAGGCAGUAAACUGGGCCCUGUGUCCAUCACCAUCAAGAGAGCUGUGCCUGCCCCGUAUUACAGGCUGGGUAAGACAUCCCUGGAGGAGUGGAAGAAGCGUAUCCAGGAGAGCCCAGCUCCCUGGGGAGAGCUGGCAACAGAGAAUAUCAUCUUGACAGUGCCGACUGCAGACCUCCGGGCCCUGGAGGACCCCGAGCCCAUGCUCCACCUCUGGGAUGAGAUGAUGCAGGCUAUAGCCAAGCUGGCGGCCCAGCCCUUCCCUUUCCGCCGUCCAGAAAGGAUUGUUGCUGACGUGCAGAUCUCAGCCGGCUGGAUGCACUCAGGAUACCCCAUCAUGUGCCACCUGGAGUCAGUGCAGGAGUUCAUCAGUGAGAAUGUCAUGAGAAACAGAGGUCUGUGGGGACCCAUCCACGAGCUGGGCCACAACCAGCAGAGGCAUGGGUGGGAGUUCCCCCCCCACACCACCGAGGCCACCUGCAACCUGUGGUCAGUCUAUGUGCACGAGACGGUCCUGGCCAUCCCCAGGGCUCAAGCCCACCCAGCUCUGAGCCCUCCAGAACGAGAGAAGAGGAUCAAAACGCACCUGGGAAAGGGAGCCCCCCUGCGUGACUGGGACGUGUGGACGGCUCUGGAAACAUAUCUACAGCUCCAGGAGGCCUUUGGGUGGGAGCCGUUCACCCAGCUCUUUGCUGAGUACCAGACCCUCUCUGGCAUCCCCAGAGACAACGCUGCCAAGAUGAAUCUGUGGGUGAAGAAGUUCUCUGAAAAGGUGCAGAAGAAUCUGGCUCCUUUCUUUGAGGCUUGGGGCUGGCCUGUCCAGAAGGAAGUGGCUGCCAGCCUGGCCUGUCUGCCUGCGUGGCAGGAAAACCCCAUGUGGGUGUACAUCCAGGCUGAGGGCUAAAAAAUGUGCACCAAGGGGUGUGUGUGGAGGGGGAGUGAUCCCUCACCAACUCCGCCACCCUGCUUCUUGCCUACUGUGCCUUGAGCCUGAAUCCUACUUCCCGUCCUCAGGAAGCCCUUUAAGGUCCUAAGACAAAGUGAGACCAACUUUCUUAGGAAAAUGCUGCUGUGCUUCUUUUAUUAUUUCUCCGCUUUGCUCUUGCCCUCACCGAGAGACUUGCUUCACCAUCCUCGUCCUCCAGCAGAGGAUGUUUCAUCUUGCAGUCUCUUGGCUUCUGUUUAUGAGCAAUAGUUCUAAACACCAUGGAUUCCUUUAUAAUCGGAUAUCACUUCUUCACCCCAGCCGGCCCUGAACAAAACUCUUGAUUUCUGCUCUGAGAAGCUUUCUAACAGCAAGCGAGACAGGCUGGUGUGACGGAGAGAGCCCUGUACCAGCUUUGUUUCUAUGGAAAAUCAUUGAACUCUCUCUGCGUCUGGAUUCUUACCCAUGAUAUGGGGAUAGAAAUCUAUUGUUGGAUGAUGUGAACAUGUUUGAACACCACCUGUAUAUGCAUGUAAGGGAGCUCUUCAGCUUUCACCAAGCCCCAUAGCGACCUGUCUGCCAGUUUCAGGUGGACAACCUGAAAACUGAAGCUCCCUUCAGAGUCGACCUCCUUGAGGUUAGCAUUCAGUCCUUGUGUGAAAGUUUUUAGUGAACAUCAGUGUUGUUCCCAGACAUGGUAUGAUAGUCUUCAAGAUCCUAGCCCAUCCUAUAUGUCCUUUCUCCUGCCUCUGGAAGAAUUGUUGGAUAUAACCUAACCCCAAGAAUGGUGUAAACUCAAAAGAGAUGGUGUGAACUCAAACUGGAGGUUACAAAGCUAUUGGAGUUUGCUCUUCUUGGUUAGUUUCAUCUUUGACUACUUUUGCUUCAACCAAAGGAAAAAAAUCAUUCUAGCAUCCCUACCAACUCCAUAAGCCUGUUGGUUCUUAGCGCAAAACAGGCAGCUGCCUCCUCUGGUCACCUUGGAAUCAAGGUACUGUCAGUUGUUGACAGCUGCUGUGCUGAGAGGGCUGUGGACAGGACGGGCUCCAAUGGAACAGGACUCCUGGGUGCAGCAGACCGAAUUAACCCACACUCAUUUAUUAUCCCACAACCCAGCAUCCCCAGGCUUUCUCAUAAUUUCAUUCCAACCCAUCCUGGCUCUUUGGCUGGGUUGCUUUCGAAGUAGAAACUCAUCUCCAGGAUUAAUGGGGUUUACACCUACCCAUUUCUUCUAGCUUGUUUUUAAACCAUAUUUUUGUUGUUUUCAAUAUCAUUCCAUGGGCUUUGUUGAAAGAAUAGAGCAGCUCCUCAGAUGGAGAACUGACCUAGGGAAUGUCUUUUUCUGCAUCCCAUCAGUGCAUUCUUCUCCCAAUUCUAGGAUAAUUUCCUCUUGUUUCACUAGUGUCUUUUUCAGGUGCUUUUCACAUGAAAGGUGCUCAAUAAAUAUUUGUUAAUGAAAGAAGAGUAAUGACACCUAACACACAAUGAGCAGGCAUUAUGUCCCAGGCAUUGUGUGAGGUAUUUCCUAUGAAUUAUUUCAUGGAAACUUCACAACAGACCUCUGCGGUUGGUGUUAUUAUUAUCCCAUUUCAUAGACAAGAAAACGAACGUUUAGAGAUAUUAGAUAACUUCUGGAGUCACAAAGCUAAUAAGAGGAAGAGCUGGGGCUUGACUGAAGCCCAGAGCAAUGAAAAAGUUGUGGCAAUUUAUUCCAUAAAUGAUUUUCAGUUUAGACAGAAAUUCACCUAGAAAAUGGAACUUCAACAAAGUUCUGACUUACCCCAUGUUCACUACUGAAUUUUUAUUAAAUAUCAAAUGUAACCACCAAGAGAGUAUUCAUACCUGAUUUUGUGGUUAUCUCAGCAUGUUAUUAUCUUCCAUACAGGUUGAGAAAGGAUUUGAACCCAGGUAAUUCAACUCCAGAACUGGUAUUCUUACCCAUGAUGUUAGGGAUGAGUAAAUGAAUGGAUGAUGCUAGGUUGCCAUAGAGACAAAGACAAAACCUGACCUUUCCCCACAUUCUCUGUAGUGGAAGUUGGAGCCCUUCUCCCUCUUACAGAGAGACUAUCUCUGUUGCUUGUUUCUAAGUUCGGAAUUAAUUGUGUGUAAUUGGGACACUCAAAGUAUUCUGUAUUCGAGAGCACACUAGCUCCCAAGGAUGUCAAUGCAGGUCUAUGAAUCAUCAAUAAAUGCCAUUUGC